UGAUGAUUGGACUGCUUACUGGGCGUGUAGGUCUUGUUUCUGAUUCCUUCCAUUUGACAUUUGGUUGUGGCCUCCUAACCUUUUCUUUGUUUGCAAUGACUGCUGCUCAGAAAAAGCCUGAUGGAAUAUACAUCUAUGGGUACAAGAGGCUGGAAGUUUUAGCUACUUUUACAAAUGCUACACUAUUUCUUCUGUUCAUGUCCUUCUCCUUGGCAGUGGAAGCGUUGCACGCAUUUAUUCAGGAUGAAUCAGAGCACAAGCAUUAUCUGAUUGUUUCGGCUGUUACCAAUCUUUUGGUGAAUUUACUUGGCGUUUGGUUCUUUCGGAACUAUGCACGUGUUAAUAUUGCUUAUAGGAAGGCUGAAGAUAUGAAUUGCCACUCUAUCUGCCUGCAUGUUCUUGCUGAUUCUAUCAGGAGUGCAGGUUUGGUUCUUGCGUCAUGGUUACUUAGUUUAGGUGUUGAGAAUGCAGAAGUUUUGUGCUUAGGACUGGUCUCAGCUGCAGUAUUUGUGGUCAUCCUUCCACUUUUUCGAGCUACAGGUGGUGUCUUGCUCCAACAGGUUCCUGCAAAUGUACCUACUUCUGCCUUCAACAAAUGCUUGAGACAGGUAGCUGCCCUUGAAGAAGUUUCGGAAGUUACUCGGUCCAGGUUUUGGGAAUUGGUUCCUGGUCGUGCUGUUGGUUCACUCUCUAUAUUGGUCAAAGGUGGAGAAAAUGAUCAUUCAGUUCUCCAUUAUGUCCAUGAAUUGUACCAUGAUUUGGGGAUACAAGAUCUAACAGUGCAGACUGAUCAUGUAUAGUUCUUUGCGGUUUGGUCUACCUGCAAGGAUUGGAGUAUAUAAAUUUCAUCAUAAUUUGUUCUGCUCUCUUCUUCUCUUUAAGC